AAGUGGAUUGUACAACGGGAAUGUGAACUAUCGGGUUUCUGUGAUUGUCGAUUUUGUGAUCCAUUAAAAUUUUGUGAUGUCGGAUAUCCAAACCUUGACUCUGCUUAUUACCCGCAAUUCAGUCAAAAAGAAAUGGACACCUGCGAUUCCGUUAAAAAGAAUGGGGAAAUGGGUUUUGACGCAUUGGUUAUGAUUAUGUAUGUUUGA